UGCCUCUUACCUCUGCGCUUGUUUUAGGGUCUCCUUAGCCCUAGGCUUCGCUGAAGCAAUGCUUAGACUGCGGUUACUAACCUGGGAUGUGAAAGAUACCCUGCUCCGGCUGCGGCAGCCGGUCGGGGGAAGAGCCGAGGAGACUCUGAGUGGGUGCCGCGAGCGGGGCUUUCGCAUGGGGGUCAUUUCCAACUUCGACAGGCGACUUGAGCAGAUUCUGUCCCAGUGCAACCUGCGGCACCACUUUGAGUUUGUCGUGACCUCUGAGGAUGCGGGUUUCGCCAAGCCGGACAAGAGGAUCUUUGAGCAGGCCCUGCGCCUUGGCGGGGUUCAGCCAGAGCAGGCGGCUCAUGUAGGGGACGACUACGUGAGGGACUACAAGGCAGCCAGGGCAGUGGGCAUGCACAGCUUCCUGCUCGCGGCCGCCGGGCAGCCGGAGGUACCCGCGGAGCACGUCCUGCCCUCGCUCAGCCACCUCCUUGCUCUUAUCGAGAAGGCCUAG